AUGGCUUCUAUAGCACUUGCUUUCUUAUUUCUCUCAACAGCCUUCUCUCUCUCUUUCUUUUCUAAUGCCAAAGAAACUGCUCCUAUUUGCCCAUUUAAUUCCAUUUAUCAAUUGGGUGAUUCACUCGCCGACACCGGAAACCGAAUUCUUAUCCCCGGAAUUCCUCCAACUUUCCACGCCGGCCAUCUUCCUUACGGUGAAACUUACUUUGGCAAACCCACCGGCCGAUUUUCAGAUGGCCUUUUAAUGAUUGAUUACAUUGCAAUAGCUCUUAAACUUCCCCUCCUUAAUCCUUACUUAUCAAAAAACUCUUCAUUUAUUCACGGCGUCAAUUUCGCCGUCGCCGGAAGUACGGCUCUUGACAAGUCAUUCUUCGAUGAAAGAAACAUUAGCAUUAAAUCAUUUAACCCUCCGUUAAGUGCACAAAUUGAGUGGUUUAAAAAUCACCUUAAUUGUACUUGUAGAAGCCCAACGCUCUGUGCUAAGAAGCUACGAAAAGCACUCGUAAGUAUUGGUGCUUUUGGUGGAAAUGAUUAUUUCACUGCCUUUUCUAAUAGAAAAUCCAUUGAAGAGGCUAAAACUUUAGUCCCAUUUACUGUCAAUGCCAUUGUUGAAGGCAUCAAAGAAAUCAUUAAAUUAGGAGUGAAACGGAUAGUUAUCUCCGGUGUUUCUCCAUUUGGUUGCUUACCGUCACUACUGACUUCAUCUCCGAGCUCCGAUCCCGAUGCCUACGACGAAUUUGGAUGUUUGAGAGAUUAUAAUAAGUUUGCAUCAUUUCACAAUAACUAUCUUCGAGAUACAAUAUCUUUGGUAAGUCGUCAAUAUUCAGAUGUUGUUAUUCUAUAUGUAGAUUAUUAUGGAGCUUUUUUGUCUGUUUUUCGAAGAGCGUAUUAUCUCGGAAUAGAUCGUGAAUCGUUGCUGAAAGCGUGUUGUGGAAAUGGAGGAAAAUAUAACUUUGAUGGGAAGAAAACAUGUGGAUCAAAUGAGACUUCAGUUUGUUCUGACCCUUCUCGAUUUAUGAAUUGGGACGGCGUACAUCUAACUCAAAAAGCUUAUCGUCAUAUUUCGGAGAUUCUCAUUACUGAUAUCUUAUCGAACAUUGAUUGUAUUUGGUGA